AGACCCAGUUUGCUUCCUCUACUAUUCAGCCACUCAGAUAUAUAAAUUCUUGAAUUUGACUGUAAAAUAAUCAUCUUUCUUGGGAAAAGAUUGGAUUUUUUUAGUGGGUUUUCAAGAAAUUGGUAAGGGCAUGAUUGGAUUUUAGGGUUUAAGAAAAUUACAAAAUGCCUGUUUCAACAAGGUCUCAGAUCAAGACACGCCCAGAUCAAAGAGAUCAAGAAGAUUCGAAUUUGAGUCAUCAUAUGAGAAACCCACAUUAUGGAUUGAAGGAGAAGAUGAAGGCUUUGACCCUUUUGUAUGAACAGCAGAAAAGAGCUUCAUUUAGUGGUGUUACAGUCCAAGAAAAUCGAAGAAUGUCAGGUCUGUCUAGUAAAGAUGAGAGGAAUCAGGUUUUCGAGGAUCCGAAAGAGGAAUCGAAGAAACCCCAUGUGAUGAAAGAGAAUACAAUGCCUAAUUCUGUAGUUACAAAGACUUAUGUUUUGCCAAAGCCUUCAGUGGAUGAUGUUAGGGAGAAUGUAGUUGUGGGAGGAGCGGAAAAGAUUGUGGGGUUUUCGUGCCCAAGAAAGGGAUCAAUGUCGAAUACAGUAGCAAGGAAAUUGUCGAUGGGGGGUUCAGUGGUGCCACAUUCUGAGCCGAGAGGCAUUGGGGGAGGUGGCUUAGGGAUUAGGAAUCUGCAAGAAUUGGAGACUGUUUCGGAGAAAUUGGGAUCCAAGGGUAGUAGAAUUUUUGUUUUUGUGAGGCUUAGGCCUAUGGGGAAGAAGGAGAAAGAUGCUGGAUCAAGGUGCUGUGUUCGAAUUGUUAACAACAGAGAUAUUUACUUGACUGAAUUUGCCAAUGAAAAUGAUUAUCUUAGGCUGAAGAGGCUUAGGGGGAGACAUUUUACCUUUGAUGCAUCAUUUCCUGAUACAUCUACUCAGCUUGAAGUUUACUCUACAUCGACAGCAGAGCUUGUGGAAGCGAUUUUGCAGGGGAGAAAUGGGUCAGUCUUCUGUUAUGGUGCCACCGGAGCUGGGAAAACAUACACAAUGCUGGGUACAUUGGAGAAUCCAGGCGUGAUGGUUUUAGCAAUUAAAGAUCUUUUUAACAAGGUUAGACAGAGGAGUUAUGAUGGAAACCAUGUGGUUCAUUUGUCUUAUCUUGAGGUCUACAAUGAAACUGUCAGAGAUUUGCUUUCGCCAGGACGACCUCUAGUCCUUAGAGAAGAUAAGCAGGGGAUCGUGGCAGCAGGCCUUACUCAGUACAGAGCUUACUCUACUGAUGAAGUAAUGACAUUACUUCAACAAGGAAACCAUAAUCGGACAACUGAACCAACUCGGGCCAAUGAAACAUCUUCACGUUCUCAUGCCAUUCUGCAGGUUGUAGUUGAAUAUCGAGUUAGGGAUGCUGCCGAUAAUAUUGUAAGCCGUGUUGGGAAGUUGUCACUUAUUGACCUUGCAGGUUCGGAGAGAGCUAUAGCUACUGACCAGAGAACACUUAGAUCACUUGAGGGUGCCAACAUUAAUAGGUCCCUCCUUGCUCUGAGUAGCUGCAUCAAUGCACUUGUUGAGGGAAAGAAACACAUCCCUUACCGUAACUCCAAGCUUACCCAACUUCUCAAGGACUCACUAGGUGGAGCAUGUAAUACUGUGAUGAUUGCCAAUAUCAGCCCAAGCAAUCUAUCAUUUGGCGAGACUCAAAACACUCUUCACUGGGCUGAUCGAGCGAAGGAGAUCCGCACCAAGGCAUGUGAUGCAAAUGAGGAAAUACUUCAAGUACCUGAAUCUGAACCAGACCAGGCCAAAUUGUUGCUUGAGUUGCAAAAAGAGAACCGGGAACUGAGGGUUCAAUUGGCCAAGCAGCAACAGAAGUUGUUAGCAGUACAAGCACAAUCUUUGGCGGCAAAUUCCUCUCCUGCACCUUCUUCAGGGUCUUCACUUCUUACACCUCCAGUACCUUCUUGCAAAGCCAUUGAGAAACAGAAAACUCGACCAUCAUUCUUGACUGGGAAUUGUUUCACACCCGAAUCCAAGAGAAAGAAGGUAGCUGAGGAGACUGUGAAAGAUCUAAAGCAGACUGUGAAGGCGUUAGAGGCAGAAAUUGAGAGAAUCAAGAAGGAUCAUGCAUUGCAGAUAAAGCAAAAAGAUGCCUUCAUUCGUGAUCUUUCACGUAAAGGUGUCAAACCAGCUGAUGGAGUGGUAGUAGGGCAAGGGGCAAAGAGAACUGUGACUAGAGCAAGCUUAAGGCCAAAGGAGGCAGUUGAGGGUGAACUAAAAAGCCCAAGCCAUCGGUUUCAAUCUCCAGCACCAGCAGCUAAAAAACGGACUUUCUGGGACAUAACCACCGCUAAUAGCCCAUCCGUUGCCACAUUAAAUGGAAGGAAAACUAGGAGCCAUGUUGCUUCUGAAGCUUCAACUGCACCCUCAAUGCUUCUUCAGCCAGGUUUUGCUCGCCAAAGACCUGAUUCUUCGAAGCGGUGAAGAGGCGGAAGAUCAUGCCUCUGUGUUCCAGCUGCAUCUCAAAUGAUGAGUCUCAUGACCCCAUGUAUUUCCUUAUGAUUAAUAUCAUUAGACAGAUUUUCUAGGAGCUAAUUUUUCUAACACUAGCUUUUCUCCAACGCCAUGUGUUUGCUGGAGAAGACUUAGCUACUUCAAGUGUUUUUUUUAUUCUUUGUUCUGUAAAUUUCUGCUUAUUACUGUUUGUUCAACCAUAAAUGAGACUGUUUUCUGCGCAUGUUAUCAGCAACAUAUUCAACACAUGGUUCAACUUUCAAUAACUCUGUUUAUGCUGAAAUACAACUUUCAAUAGCUCUAUUUAUGGUUUUGAA